GAAUGCAAUCUUGACUUUAACCUUGGUCAUUGCUUCAGAUUAGAAGUCAUAAGCUGACGAUGGGUAACGCAGGAAGUAAUCAACCGGUUGGUCAUCACCACGGCAGCUCCUCGGGUAGAGAACAUCGUCAUACCAAAGAACAUCCUCCGCCAUCGCCAGGAAAAGAAGGCCAAGCUUUCGUUUUUGAUAAAAAGCCAAGUCAAAAAUUAGUAUUCCAAUCGUCUCAUGAGGAAGAAGAACCUUAUUAUACUAAAGCAGGUCACCAAGAUGGAGAUGAUUUUACUACUCAACGUCCACGUUCGAAUACUGUAUCUGAAGGAACGAAAGUAGCAGAUAGCAAGGUGCUGCCUACUGUCUUCAAAUGGGAAGGUGGUGGCAAACAGGUUUAUAUUAGUGGAACUUUUACUGGAUGGAAAACUUUGCCCAUGGUAAAGAGUCAUGGAGAUUUUGUAACUAUUAUUGAUUUACCAGAAGGGGAACAUCAGUAUAAGUUCUAUGUUGAUGGUGAAUGGAGACAUGACCCAGACAUAAAAAUUAUUGACAAUGGAAUGGGUUCCAAGAACAAUCUUGUAUCUGUAAGAAAAUCCGAUUUCGAAGUGUUUCAAGCACUUGCAAAAGAUAGUGAAGGUGUUAUUAGUAGUGCUCAAACAGUAUAUGGGCAAGAAGUUCCUCCCCAUAAGCCUUGGGAAAAAGUGGCUGGUCCACCCAUAUUACCACCUCACUUGCUACAAGUUAUACUAAAUAAGGACACUCCUAUGUCUUGCGAGCCAACACUUCUGCCAGAACCAAAUCAUGUUAUGUUGAAUCAUCUAUAUGCUCUAAGUAUCAAAGAUAGCGUAAUGGUUUUGUCUGCUACGCACCGUUAUCGCAAAAAAUACGUUACAACUUUACUGUAUAAACCAAUUUAAAUGUCUGAAUCAUUCCCGAAGUUUUCGGCAAUUGUUAGUUACAUCGAACCAGUACAUAUGUAUUUUCUAGCUAAGGUAAGAAUAUCAACGUCUUAAGAAACAGAAAUAUUUGGAAACGGACAGGAUAUGGAUAGUUGUAUUUGAAAUGUAUAAUACUGUAAUUAUUAUU